AAAGCAAUAUUGGGCGCAGGGGAGAGUCCUGCGUUCCCGCGCUCCGAGGUCAGUUUGUCAGCAGAGAGCAAUUGGAGUGGUUGUGAGAGUUUAUGUGAGAGCGCUCGUGUGUGUGUGUCUCCAGAAAUACACAAACCACCCUGCUUCAGUAAUCAAAUUAAUGUCGGGGAUUUCCUGUCCUCUGGCGGACAAUAUGUGAUUAAACGGAAAUCGAUCGAGGAGGAACUUCGCCGGAGCAGGAUUUAUACAACAUUUUAGUGUUAACCAUAACGCUGCUCCUGUCCCAUUCAGGGACGCGGUUGAACGGGAGAAAGUUUCUACCUUACUAUAUUACUAACAAUCAUUCCCCUGCUCUGUCGACUGAGAGGAGAUAUAUAGGAGAGGAAUAUAACGUUUUUUUUCCAAACCGAGAGCACUGAGAGAACUGCAUGGGGCGACCGGGGCCAGGGCUCGUUAUCGAUCCGGUGUAAAUAUGACGUCUGUGUUCGGUUAUGCUCCCGUCUUGAACGCUGUUCUGAUCGAAGACAACCCGGGAUAAUAGAUAAAUACUCCGGGGACUUCACCACACACACACACACACACACACACACACACACACACACACACACACACACACACACACACACACAAAGUGCGCGGCAGUGGCACGCACGGUGAGCCAGCCAGCAUGUAGCGGAGGAGCUCACGACACACCGGGCAGCCGACUUCAUCAGCAGGAGAUGAGGUCUAGAGUUAUUAAAAAAGUUGCAUCAGUCGUUAAUUUAUCCACCCACUCUACUGCGGCGGUUCCGUCGCCACCGUCAACAGAGGAGCACCAGAUAUAAAACAGCGUACGGGACUGGGAACAAAACCCACUGAACUUAGGACACACGGCGCACGCCUGUCCGGACAAAAGUUGCGGUGGAGCACCCGAGAUAGGGGAUACGUAUUUGGAGAGAGGCAAAGGACGCACGGCACGGCGAAGACAAGCUGUGUGUGUAGUUAGGAGUGUGUAUUGGAGCGUGUGUGUGUGUGUGUCUUGUGUGUAGUUGAAGCGAUUAAAAGGUGUUUAAUCCUGGAACACGUAGCACCAGCAGGUUGGCUUCUGUUCACCUGGUACCCGCGAGACAACACAACUCAGGGUAGUGUGAGGAGGUUCAACGCGGGGAAGACGUGGUCCCAGGGGUAGGAGCGAUGAGUUCGCUGCGUGCCCCCGUCCUACUGGCGCUGCUGGUCCUCCUGCUGACCGCUGGAUUCUGCAAACAGAGCUCUGUGCACGUGACCCCGGGGGCGAGUACAGGGGCGCGCACGGACGGACGCAACCUCCUGGAGCUCAUCAUGGACAAGGUGCGUCUGACGCGGCAGCAGCAGCACGAGGUACACGUGCGCUACCCCGCCAAAAAACAGGAGUUCACCUUGGAGACCAAGGAGAGGAAUGAAGUGAACAAGUCUCAUCACGGAGAACACAUCAUAGAGGUGUUCCCAAGAGACCUGAGGCAAAAGGAGAAGUUCCUCAAACACCUAACAGGUCCACUAUACUUUAACCCAAAGUGUAGGAAACAUUUCUAUAGACUAUACCACAACACCAGAGACUGUACCAUCCCUGCCUACUAUAAGAGGUGUGCCCGUCUUCUUACCAGACUGGCAGGCAGUCAGAGGUGUACAGAGAGGUAGAAUAACCUGAGCCCAUGAAAGAGAGAAGUGCCUUGGAAAAUGAACAGAGAGACUGCUAGUACUAUCUAUAUGUGUCAUGGGGAACGUUAGUUAUGUUAGGACGUUCAUAGAAGCUCACACAUACUCUACUCUAUUUUACUCAACUCUACAUUCAGACAAUCUCCGAGUUCAGCUGCCAAAAACCAUGACGACACGUGGAUGCUAUUUUACGACACUUGGAUUAUAUCAUGACACUAUGCGGGAGUGCUUCUGUGUUCAUUGACAUGCCUUCAUGGGUUAGAACAAAACAUUUGGUUGGAGUUUGGUUGGUGGUCUCUGAGCUGUGGUUGUAGACAGAAAGAAAGACUGACAGACAAAGACAGACAGGCGGACACAGGGACAGACAGACACACAGACAAACAGACAUACACACAGACAGACGCACGGACCGACAGACCGACAGACAGACAGACAGACAGACAGACAGACAGACAGACAGACGUAGACAGUCACACAGACAGACGUAGACAGACAGACAGACGUAGACAGACGUAGACAGACAGACAGACAGACAGACAGACAGACAGACAGACAGACGUCCUGAUAUGUUCGUCAGCUACAUUACUCAGAUGCAGAGAACCACAGAAGUAAACUAAUCUCUGAUGUAAUGACCUGAUUGGUAACCUGGUAGUAAUAUAAUUCCUGAUGGAAUGCCUGACUGGUAGGCUGGUGCUCUGCAUCAGGACUCUCUACUGCAGGAGGAGUAAUCUGCCACACUGCUUCAGGAUUUAUGGAAAACCUGGGAAUUUUGGGAAAGUUACCGGAAUUUUGCAACCCAAUGAGGACCAAUCUGACAUCACAGCCUAUUCCCUAUACUUCACUUACCAGAGCUCUAUGAGGUUACCAGGUUACCAGAGCCCUAUGAGGUUACCAGGUUACCAGAGCCCUAUGAGGUUACCAGGUUACCAGAGCCCUAUGUGGUUACCAGGUUACCAGAGCCCUAUGAGGUUAUCAGGUUACCAGAGCCCUAUGUGGUUACCAGGUUACCAGAGCCCUAUGAGGUUACCAGGUUACCAGAGCCCUAUGAGGUUACCAGGUUACCAGAGCCCUAUGUGGUUACCAGGUUACCAGAGCCCUAUGAGGUUACCAGGUUACCAGAGCCCUAUUUGCCAGGUUACCAGAGCCCUAUGAGGUUACCAGGUUACCAGAGCCCUAUGAGGUUACCAGGUUACCAGAGCCCUACAGCAGGUUACCAGGUUACCAGAGCCCUAUGAGGUUACCAGGUUACCAGAGCCCUAUGUGGUUACCAGGUUACCAGAGCCCUAUGAGGUUACCAGGUUACCAGAGCCCUAUUUGCCAGGUUACCAGAGCCCUAUGAGGUUACCAGGUUACCAGAGCCCUAUGAGGUUACCAGGUUACCAGAGCCCUAUGAGGUUACCAGGUUACCAGAGCCCUAUGAGGUUACCAGGUUACCAGAGCCCUAUGAGGUUACCAGGUUACCAGAGCCCUAUGAGGUUACCAGGUUACCAGAGCCCUAUGAGGUUACCAGGUUACCAGAGCCCUAUGUGGUUACCAGGUUACCAGAGCCCUAUGUGGUUACCAGGUUACCAGAGCCCUAUGAGGUUACCAGGUUACCAGAGCCCUAUUUGCCAGGUUACCAGAGCCCUAUGAGGUUACCAGGUUACCAGAGCCCUACAGCAGGUUACCUUCCCUGUAAUGUAAAUAUUGUAAAUA